UUGAUUUGUUAGCUUCCGUUUCGCUAAUGGAGCGUUCGCUUUCUCCUCGGAACUCCGAAUUUCCGACUAGAAGAACAUGAACGCGCUCUAAAGUUUGGCUUUACUUUACUAAAUGCGACGGGUGAAUGGAUGAAGGUAAAACCAGCGACAACGAUCUAAGUUUGAGGCAUCAUCGUUUUAAUCUGCUCCAGCAGCUAAAUAAACUGUUAAAGAUAACGUUAGCUUGAUAUGUUAGCUUCCAUUGCCACCGUUGUUACCAGCUAAUGGUGCGUUCGCUUUCUCCUCGGAAAUUCUAACUUCCCAGUAGGAAAAAUCAAAUGAAAAAGGACGGCAAAAGGAAUGAAGAUACACAGUAAAUUUAGUUCACAGUAAAGAUGUUUGCUUCAGUUUAAUUAUCAGCUUAUAAAACUACAAGGACGAUGUUAAAAUACAAACUUGUAUGUUAUUUAUCGUGAUAUUUAUCAAAUAUGGUUAUAUAUUGAGAAAAAUAUAUAUUUAAUUAUAAAAGAGAAUUAAAAUAAUAAACACUCAAAAGUAUCGAAAAUUGGUACCGUUAAGUACCGGUAUCGACUCGUAGGUACCGGGAAUUAGUACCGGAUCGAUUCAAAUGUCAAAGGUACCCAUCCCUACUGUCCAUACCAUAACCCCACCACCACCAUUGGCCACUCGAUCCACAACAUUGACAUCAGCAAAUUGCUCAUCCGCAUGACGCCACACACGCUGUCUGCCAUCUGCCCUGAACAAUGUAAACCGAGAUUCAACCGUGAAGACAACACCUCUCCAACAUGCCAGACGCCAUUCAAUCACGCCGUGACAGAAUGAACCAAACUCCUAAAGGAUCCAGCGGGGAGGUUCUCCCCUGGGAGUACCUGCUUCAGUUCCUCACCUCAAACCACCGGCCGGCUUCUCCUCCUCCGGCGUCGCCUCGCCGCAGACGCCGCUGCCGAACCCCGGCCUCGGCGAUCCUCUCCACCCUCCCGGAGCCAGUUGGGGGGUUGGACUGGGAGACGCAGCUAGACCGCUCCUGCUAUGUGGGCACCAGACUGGCAGUGUGCUCCCCCAGAGUUAGCCCACGGUGUUGGGAAGGAUGCCGGGCUCCAGCGUCAACCCCUGUCCCAGGACGGAACCACGGGCUCACCGCUACCCCGGCUUGGGACACCAGCUUGGACCCACCCCAGUCAGAUCAGCGGCCCCAUCUCCGGUCCAGUCAGCACCUCCUUCAUCUACAGGCGGAGGGCCCACGCCUACAGCCCAUCAGACGGAGCUCACCAGCCUCCAAGUGGAGCUUGACUGGCUCCGUCAACUCAUCAGCCUCCAGGAGUUCCAGCUGGACAUCCUAUCCUCCUCGUAUCUCCAGGAGAAGGUUUCUGUCCAGCCAGCGGCCCCACCUCCGGUCCAGUCAGCAGCUCCCUCGUCUCCAGGCCAAAGGACCGAACCCACAGCCCAUCCAACAGAGCUCGCCGGUCUCCGAGCUGAGCUGGUCCGACUCCUUCAGAUUUUCAGGCUCCAGGAGCUCCUGGUGGACAAUCUAACCUCCCUGCUUUUCCAGUUACCGGCUCCACCAGGUCCUGCGCCACCAGUCCAGUCUGCGCCAGGUCCCGCGCCACCAGUCCAGUCUGCGCCAGGUCCCGCGC